AUGGACGAAUCAAAUAAAAUGGGGUUCCUAGGAGCCACUUCUUAUGUUAUCGGUAAUAUUAUUGGGUCGGGAAUCUUCAUUACACCUGCAUCGAUUCUUCGAAAUGUAGACAGUAUCGGGCUGAGUUUGCUCAUUUGGGUCCUUUGUGCGGUUAUUGCAAUUUUGGGUGCUAUCUGCUACAUUGAACUGGGUACAUCUAUCCGUGAAGCGGGUUGUGACUUUGCAUACAUCUGCUAUGUCAAAUGGUAUUCCAUUGCAUUUGCAUUCAUGUGGGUGUCAGUGUUAAUGACAUAUCCAGCUACUAUUGCAAUUUGUGCUGAAACAUUCGGUCAAUAUUUAAUUGAAGGACUGAAACAGUACUACGAAAUAGAUGAUGCACUCGUGCCUACGUGUCAAAAGUUGUUUGCGUACUCGUUAUUAUUUCUUGUCACGUGGAUGAACUUCUUCGAAUUGAGCAAAUUCGCGGCGAGAUUCCAGAUUUUGGCUACAAUUGCGAAGUUGUUCUCAUGUCUCUUGAUUAUUGGAACUGGUUUCUACUUUUAUUUUGUCAAAGGUUGGCACGGAUACCUCGAAAACCCAAUGCAAGGUUCAAAAUACGGAACCGGAAAUUUGAUCCUUGGAUUCUACGGUGGUCUCUGGGCGUUCUCUGGAUGGGAUGUCCUCAACUACAGUACUGGAGAGAUCAAGCAUCCAAAACGUAACGUUCCAUUCGCUCUCCUCACUGGAAUCAGUGUUGUCACUGCCAUCUACGUGGCCAUCAACGUCGCCUACUUCGUGGUUCUCGACGUGGAAUCAGUGAAACAAUCGGAUGCAGUCGCUGCGAUUUUUAGUCGUGAGACUCUCGGCGACUUCGCCAACAUCAUUCCCUUCCUGAUUGGUAUCUUGCUCAUUGGAUCGUUGAAUAGUAACCUGUUUUCUGGAAGUAGAUACAUGUAUGCUGCUGCGAGACAAGGACAUCUUCCCGCCUGCUUUUCGUGUGUCAAUGGGGAAACUGAAUCACCGAGAGUUGCUGUGUUGGCACAGAGUAUCCUCGCCCUCAUCAUCUCUUACGUUGGUGACCUCGACACCCUCAUCACCUACGUAAUGUUCGGAUUCUGGGCUCAACGGAUCUUCAGUCUCGUCGCCCUCCUCAUCAUCCGUCACAACCAUAUUCCAGUCCAUCCGGAUGCAGUUCGAGUCCCACUUUUCUGUAUUUACUUGUUCUUGACAAUCACUGUUGCUUUGGUAAUCAUCCCGAUUUUCUAUGAAUUCCAGUCAACAGCUCUUGCCAUUGCAAUUUGUCUGUUUGGUUUCGUUCUAUAUUACAUCUUCAUUCACAAGGCGAUUUUCCCAAGAUGGUUGGUGACUUUGAAUAAGAAAGUAACACUUUGGUGUUGUAUACUCUUCGAUUGUCUGCCGGAUGUGAAGGGAGGAGUGCAUCUUCUUGCUUCGGACAGUUCGCAAGCAUUGCUAACUGAAAGACUCUCCUCCACCCGUCUUUCUGAUGACAGUCUUCCUGAUCUCCAUUCCGACGAGAAGAAUAUAAUGCGUCGAAACGGAAGUGCCGCUGGACUAAAGAUGUUCGUACCCUCAUCACUCGUCGACCUCAUCAGCGACGUGCAAUAA